GGUUUGAAAUUUUCUAUCCAAAUCACACAAUUACGUACAAGCACCCAUCUCUGCUAGAAACGAGAUGGCUGACUGGAAACCUGAAACUAAUGCCAUUUCCGGCCAACCCAAGAAAACUAUUGAGGAUUUUGAUCAUCCAAAGAAGCCCAAAAGCAACGUAUAUGCUCUUUCUUGUGCAAUUUUGGCCUCUACGACUUCCAUCUUACUGGGUUAUGAUAUUGGAGUAAUGAGUGGAGCAGUAAUCUACAUCAAGGAAGACCUCAAAAUCAGCGACGUACAAGUCGAAAUCCUCGCCGGAAUCCUCAACCUCUACUGCCUCAUUGGCUCCUGCGCCGCCGGAAGAACCUCCGAUUGGAUAGGCCGCCGCUACACCAUCAUGGUAUCCCAAGCCAUCUUCUUCGCCGGAGCUAUCCUCAUGGGCUUCGCCACCAACUACGCCUUUCUUAUGGUCGGCCGCUUCGUCGCCGGCAUUGGCGUUGGCUAUGCGCUCAUGAUCGCUCCGGUCUACACCUCCGAGGUCGCUCCCGCCACCUCUCGUGGCCUCCUUAGCUCAUUCCCCGAGGUGUUCAUCAAUGUCGGGAUAUUGUUAGGGUACGUUUCAAACUACGCUUUCUCUAAGCUCCCAACAAACUUAGGUUGGCGGUUCAUGCUCGGAGUGGCUGCCAUCCCUGCUGUUAUACUCGGCAUCGUCGUUUUAGCCAUGCCCGAGUCGCCUCGUUGGCUAGUCAUGCAGGGUCGACUCGGUGACGCAAAGAAAAUCCUUAACAAAACCUCAGAAUCCAAAGAGGAGGCCGAGACAAGACUCGCUGACAUCAAACUAGCAGCUGCCAUUCCCGAGAACUGCACCGACGACGUCAUUUCGAUGCCCAAACGAAGCCACGGUGAGGGUGUGUGGAAAGAGCUCUUCCUCCAUCCUACACCGUCCGUUCGCCACGUGUUUAUCGCGACCAUCUUUCUUUAUUUCUACCAAGAAGCAUCGGGUAUAGAUGCAGUCGUUUUGUAUAGCCCCAGAAUCUUUGAGAAGGCUGGGAUCACGUCAUCCGAUCAAAAGCUACUCUGCACGAUAGCUGUUGGGCUCACUAAGACUGCGUUCAUCUUAGUGGCCACGUUUUUGCUGGACAGGAACGGACGACGACCCUUGCUUCUAAUCAGCGUGGGGGGAAUGAUCUUCUCCCAAGUAAUCCUCGGAGUUAGCCUGACGAUCAUCGAUCAAACGGAUCAUAAGGUUAUGUGGGCCGUCGCUUUGUCCAUCGCCAUGGUGUUAGCGUUCGUGGCAUUCUUCUCAAUCGGGAUGGGUCCCGUCACAUGGGUCUACACCUCAGAGAUCUUCCCAUUGAAGCUACGAGCCCAGGGCGUGAGUAUCGGAGUGGGGGUGCAGAGGGUCACGAGUGGGGUCAUUUCCAUGACUUUUAUUUCACUCUACAAGGGCAUCACCAUCGGUGGAGCCUUCUUUCUUUUUGCCGGGAUUGCCGCGUCGUCGUUUGUGUUCAUUUACUUUUUACUACCGGAAACACAAGGUCGAGCCCUUGAGGAUAUGGAAGGGUUGUUCGGUAAUUUCAAGUGGAACUUUGCUAGUUACAAGAAGAACUCAAAGAAGAGGGGACUGUAUGGUGAUGAUGAUGAUAGGGUUCGGAUUCGGUGAAAGGAAUGUCAUCACAAAUCCCACACAAAAAAUUUGUCAUAUUAUAUUGAUGUUAGACACCCUUCAUAUUCUACCUCUCAUCAACCUCAUUGUAAAGUAUAUGCUUCCGUCCGAGGCACAAAUAUAUUUGCUUCCAAGUUUUACAGGAAUUUUUUUAAAAAAAUUUAUUUCUAGAACAAUGAUGUGAAAGGUCAAGGUUGAAUACAAUGGCAA